AAACUUGAAUUCAACAGAUAGCGGCUAGAAUUUUCUUCGUGUGAUGCUGCUUCAACUGUGGUUACCGGUCGUACAUAAGCUGUGAUCAACUUCCCUGCCCUUGCUCUAUCUUUGACCGAACCUAUGUCCCUACCCAGUUCGAUCCUGACUGACGACGACUCCCCACCCGGCCCCGGACCGAAGCUCCUCCAGCACGGCAGCAACCGGAGUCGAGCGCCGCAGCCUCGCCGGCGGGGAUGCAGGGGGCAGGAAAGCUCCUUGUCGGCGCCGGAGGGUGACGACGGCAGCCGAAUGCUGUUGGACAAUCCGACAGUUGCCGCCCUCUCAGCGCUCCUUGCCCGCUCCGCCUCCCUAUCCGCCGCUGCGGCACUCCACGCCCGUCUCCUCCGCUCCUCACGCCUCUUCAGCCACCCCUUCCUCGCCAACUGCCUCGCCGCCGCUUACUCCCGCCUCGGCGCCACCCCUGCCGCCAUCGCCCUGCUGACCCACGCGCCCAGCGACGCAGCCAACCGCUUCUCGCACAACAUCCUCCUCGCCGCACUGCUCAAGUCCCGUGACCUCCCGGCUGCGCGCAGGCUGUUCGACGAAAUGCCUAUGAGGGACACCGUCGCCUACAAUUCCAUGAUCUCUGGCUACGCUCAAAGCGGGCACGCCGGCGAGGCGCUCAGUCUUGCGCGCAGGAUGAGGGGGCUAGGCGUCAGGCCUAGCGCCUUCACCUUCUCCAUUGUCUCGUCGGCGGUCUGCUCUGCUCCCCACGGGAUGCAGGUUCAUGCAGCUGCCGUCCGUCACGGCUCUGCCCAACACAACGCCGUAGUGGGCAACACGCUUGUUGACAUGUAUCGGCGUGUCGGUCUCUUGGAAUAUGCCGUGCGCGUCUUUUGGAAUAUGAAUGAACUGGACAUCGUUUCGCUGAAUUCUGUCAUGUCAGUGUACAAGGAUGAUGGCCAAAGCAAUGCAGUGUUUGAGUGCUUCCGGUUGACUAGAAGCCAUGGGCUUUCGGUUGACGAAUGCAGUGUGUCAACGGUGCUUACCGCGUGCACAGAUAUCGAGGAUUUCGCUAAGGGUGACCAGCUCUUGGCCCUUUGCGUCAAAACAGGACUCCUGUCCAAUUCUAUCAUUUGUAGUGCUGUUAUCGGCCUGUUGUCCAUGUCUGACAGACUACCUGAUGUUGUCAGGCUUUUCGAGGGAUUAACAAAAUGGGACUCAGAAACAUGCAACGCAAUGAUAUCGUGUUAUGCCAGGAGUGGUUUAAUGGAGCAAGCUCUGGGCCUCUUUGUGAUUGCUCUGCGAAAUGCUGUUCUUCCAACUGAGUUCACUUUUGCGAGCGUGCUGAGAUGGAGUUCGUGUUUUGGUCUGAUGGAGCAGGGCACUCAAAUCCAUACGCUGGUAUAUAAAUGUGGGUUUGAGGAUGAUAUGAUUGUUGCCACUGCUCUCGUUGACAUGUAUUGUAAGUUAGGUUCCUUGAAGCAUGCCAGGAAACUCUUCGACAGUGUUUGUGUCAAGGAUUUGGUGUUAUGGAAUACAAUGAUCAUCGGUCUAUCGCGGAAUGGGGGAGGUAGGGAAGCUCUUGGAGUGUUUUGGUGGAUGCUGGACUGUGGUGUCAAGCCAGAUAGAAUUACUCUUUUCGGAGCUUUAUCUGCUUGUAGCUUGGGGGGUCUGGUUAAUGAAGCAAUGGAUAUAAUUUUCCUGUUUAAAGCCAAGUACCAUGUCGUGCCUGGCCUGGAGCACUAUGCAUGUGUGGCUGACAUGUUAAGCCGUGCAGGAUUGUUUAGAGAGGCAGAAGAUUUAGUCCAGAACAAGUUGCAGAAGUGCAAUACUGCUGCUCUCCUCAAUAUUCUUGAGGCUUGCAUGAUUCAAGGGGAUUUUGCCAUGGCAGAGUCAAUCGCAGAGAAUAUGUUGAAACUGAAGCCUCGGUCAUCACUGCCGUACACUGUUCUGGCUCGUACCUAUGGUGCAAGAUGUAAGUGGGAAAGCAUGGCCAGGAUGUGGAGGUCAAUGGAAGCUUUAGGUGCAAAGAAGGUUGGGGAAUGUAGCUGGCUCUGCAUCAAGAAUGAAAUUCAUGUGUUUACAUCUGAACAAAUAUUGCAUCAAGGAAGUGAAGUUACGUAUGCAGUUUUAGAUCUAUUGUUCUGGGACAUGAUGGAUCACAUUUAUGCUCCUGGUCGUGUUGGUACAAUUCAUACACAAGAUCUCAAGAAGAACAAGGGAUUUGAUUGCCAUCCGCAGUUCUUGGAUUGCACUCUGUGAGCUGUGCAACUAACGUAAUUAUUCAGCUAGGACCGUCUCACAGUGGUCAUGUGGUUACCUUGACUUGAUAGCAAGGCAGCUUAAGCUACAGAUUGUUAAGCAAGCACUACGAGCAUCAAGAAAAAGACAUUAUCCCGAGAGAGUGCAGAAAUCAGGCCAUCCAGUAUGUUGGCAAAGAACAGUGAUCAGGUUUUACUUCGUGUUCAUAUAUGGUGAUGUGUAUAGUAUAUUGUCUUAUAGAUUGAUUAAUUUACUUGACGUCAUGUUGUCUUACAGACUGAUUAAUUCACUUCACAUCUUUUUGCUACAGAUCUUGUGCGCAGGUGGGUGGUGAUCUCUUGUUAGAAUUGUAUAGGAUUUUGCCAUUGGGCGGGUACUUAGUGUGAUACUUACAUGCCCUUGUCGAUGCCACCACAGGUCAGAAUUGCACGUGGAUGGCAUCCAAUUAGGAGUAGGGCAGGCAACUGCCAUCAAGCACCUAUGGGGUUAUCUACAACCGAUGCUAGUGAUAAGCAUUUGGAGAGCUUACCUGACAUGGGGUUUGGCAGCAUGACGAUCAAAGAAAGGUCAUACUAAGUUUCCAAAGGUGCCGUUGCUUCUUGCAAGUUGCAACAUAUCUUGGCAGAUCAAUUCAGAAAACUAAAUAAGUACAACCUUCGUCCGGAAUUAAUUGACGCUGAAAUGAGUGUAUAGGGAGUACUAGGUUAUAAACUUAUAAUGUCAAGUAUACAGCUCUAUGCAGAAUACAUUUUCAAGUAUGCUGAGUGCAGGCCGUCUUGCUUUGUGUUGGCACUAGUGUACAUGGAGAGAUAGCUAGCAACCAAAUGUGUAGUACAUGACGCCCUUUCAAUGUUCAUCGCUUGCUAAUUACAGGUGUGGUGGUUGCUGCCAAAUUCACGGAUGAUGCGUUUUUCAAGAGUGCAUUCUACGCUAGGGUGGGAGGAAUCGGCGCAUUCGAGAUGAAUCAGCUUGAGUUGGAUUUUCUGUUUAAUCUGGACUUCUGGUUGAAAGUGAACCUGGAGACAUUUGGGAACUGCUGCUUGCAGCUGGAGAAACAUGCCCCGCGGUGCGGUUCAACCGAGACUGCCGGUUCAGGUUCCUCGUGUCAAUGGAAUAAAUGAUUUGAUCUAUAGCGGUAGCGCCGACGAGUCCAAGGAUGUAGCUGAGCAAUCUAUGUAGGGCCUACAGUUUUUACAAAGCUUGGGACCUGAUUACUGAUUAUUGUUUUAGAUCUGACAUUUGUGCAUUCAGAUAGCAUAAAUUAUUUUACUAGACAACAGUUAAUUCUUAUACACCACUCUGUUCAUCUGUUUAAAUUUUCACCACCGUGUUGGGGAAUAGUAUUCAGUCUCCUAUGAGAAUACCAGUGAUAUGUUGCCAAGUAUCCUGUUGACAGA